AUUUGAUUAACUUGACCUUCCAUGGAGCUCUCACUGAUAGCUUGUCUUAUAUAAAGAGCAGUUGCGAAGGAAAACUUUUAGUUUGCAAUUCUUCUGGAUCCUGAGAAGUUUCACUAAUAAUGGCACCCCAAAUUGAUAUUAUACAUGACGAGAAAUUAGUUCUCGGCGAAGGACCUCACUGGGAUCAGGAAGCACAAGUACUCUACUAUGUUGAUAUACCUGAAUCUACUGUCUUCAAGUACGAUCCGAGCACCAAUAAAGUCACCCGUGUGAUUGUGGAUAAACAAAAUAAGUCAGCAGUGAGCUUUGUCCUACCUGUGGCAGGUACCAAAGACAAAUUUUUGGUUGGACAUGGUAAAAAAAUAGCUCUUCUGACAUGGGAUGGUAUUACUACAGAUCCAACCAAUGUUGAAAUUCUUGUUGAAGUGGAUCCUGGGACUAUAAACGUAUUUAAUGAUGGCAAAGCUGACCCUUCAGGGCGUUUGUGGUCUGGAACUUGGGAACUAGCUACAUUUAAACCAGGCGGACCUGAAACGAGAAGGGGCACCUUUUAUUCUUUGAGCAGAGAUGGAAAAUCUACAAAACCUCAUUUCAGCGGUGUGGGAUGUAGUAAUGGUCUAGCAUGGUCUUCAGAUACCAAAACGUUUUAUUACGUAGAUAGUUUUAAUUGGACGGUCGAUGCAUUUGAUUAUAAUAUUGACAGCGAAGAGUUGACAAAUCGACGAACCAUCUUUGAUUUGAAGAAAAACAAUGUCAAGGGAAUGCCUGAUGGAAUGGCCAUAGAUAAGGAAGACAAAUUGUGGUUAGCCACGUGGGGUGGCUAUGCUGUUCAUCGAAUAGACCCUAAAACUGGUAAACAUCUUCAGUCUGUCCAGUUUCCUACAGAAAAGAUUACUUCGGUAGCGUGGGGUGGACCAAAUUUAGAUGAACUGUAUGUUACCAGUGCUAGCAUAUUCGAGUCGAAAGAUGAUCGUUAUUCAGGUCGCUUAUUUAAGGUUUCAGGACUUGGUAUAUCUGGACUUCCAGGUGUACCAGUUAAAUUGUAAAUAUUGUAUAAUCCAUAAGCCUGAAAACCACCGAUCAAGUGUCCGUUUUUACGUACUAACGUACCAUAUUGUGUCAAACAAAUAAAGCAAAUCAAGAAUCUCUUGCACUUUGAAAA